CAAGACAUUCUCCACGGCGUGUACCCCAGUGGCAGACUUAAAGGGGGACUAUCAGUUGUGUUACAUUUUACGUUCAUAUCGUAAGUAGGCUAAAAGUUUUCUUUAUAUUAACUUUAUCAAUAGACCUGAAAUUACAUUUUUAAAUUAAAGUACCGUUAAUUUUGAUUUUUUUUCAUUUAAAAUGUGAAGACCUGAUAAUAUCAUUCCGAUUUUUGCAUUCCCGGUUUUUGCUUUUCAUCACUAGAUUCUUUUUUCUGGUAUCGUGUAGUAAGAUAACAUAAGAAAUAAAAAAUGCACUCCUCUUUACCUCUGCUGGAUUUAAAGUGCAUUUCUGAGUAAGUUAGCAGCCUGGACUUGACUUCUGUUUGAAAUGUUUAACUUUUGACCUUUUCGCACCUGGCUUGAUCUCAAGUGGGCUUUAAAGGAAUAAAAUUAUUAUACUUGAAAUGUAAGUUUUGAAAUGCGGCUCCGGAGUCGGUAUAGAUGCAGCUCUUUAUUAUUAUUAUUAUUAUUUAAACUUAUGUAUAUUUCAUGAAAUGUAUACAUCAAUACCCCACGUACGGGUCCCAAAAUACCUUUUAGCAGAUAUGUUUUAAAAAACUUGCUGCUCAUUCAAAAGAAUGUUGCUGACCUCAGGGCUAAGUCAACCCUCCCCCACCCACCCACCCCCACCCAAACACCUGAGAUAAGCCCAGUAUAAACAAUAAACGAACCAUUACCUUUUCUGAUUUGACUAUUCAAUCGAUGGCUGUUUUCAGCCCAAUGCCGUUUAAAAGAUCCAAAAUUUACUCGCACUUAAAAAGCGUGUCUCUACAGCAGGGGGUCUUAACCAGGGCUGCCUGCAUCCGCUUGGGAUGCCUUGUAGACAGUGCCAGGGACUGCGGGAAGUCCUUUAUAGUCAGGUUUCUUUUAUUUUAAAGCAUCUUUUACCGCGGGGGGAGAGGGGGGGAAGGAGGCUGGAAGUGGAGUAGCUAGGCAUGCUAAGAGUGGCGUAGCUAGGCGUGCUGGGAGUGGCGUAGCUAGGCGGGCUGGGAGUGCCGUAGCUAGAGGUGUGGGUAGUGGCGUAGCUAGGGGUGCGGGGAGUGGCGUAGCUAGAGGUGCUGGGAGUGGCGUAAGGGGUGGGUAGUGGCGUAGCUAGGGGGCGUGCAGUGGCGUAGCUAGGGGUGCUGGGAGUGGCGUUGCUAGGGGUGUGGGGAAAUAUGUUUUGAAAUCAAGAGAGGGUGCUACGCUGCAAAAAUAAGUUAAGAACCUCUGCUGCUCUACAGUGUUGUUAGCGUGACUGCGUCGUUCUUAGCUAGCAACUACAGCUUUCAAGAAUGAGUUUUGGGCAACAAUUGUUUAGCAUUUUAAAAUCUUUGAAGUAACAAAGACUAGCCUCUGGCAACAAUGCCCGCUUAAAUAAGACCCACAUCACUUGAAUAAGUUAAAACAGUGUAUUGUCACAACUGAAAGGCCGCCAGAAAUAUAUCACGUACGCAAAAAGAUGUCUUAUUAUCAUGCGGCUCCCCUACCCCCCCCCCCAAAAGGCCGCCAGCAAUAUAUCACGUACGCAAAAAGAUGUCUUAUUAUCCUGCGGCCCCCCCCCCCCCCCCCCCAACUGCUCAAUGUACAAAUUUUCGGAACCCCCCUCCCUUUAGAGAUGUCACCUAUUUUAAGGUCACAGCGAUAUAAAAAGGUUAUUUAUGGACUUAAAAAUUCUAGAAUAACUAAUAGUGAAUUAGUUAAACAAUGUAAGUACACGUUCUACCGAAUCACCUCCCCUCCCCUCCCCCCCCCCAUUUUCCCCCAUACACACUCCACUAAUUUAACAGCUCCUUUGGAGUGUACGUCAAAUAUGUUUGGACCUAAACACAUGACAACUGGGUUGUUGGACACCGUCCAUAAAUCGAAACAUGUCACCCUCUCUGACCCAAACCACCACCCAACCCAUCCUCGAAUACCCCCCCCCCUCAACCACCUUUUUUGAUUUUUUUAAUACGUAAAAAGAAAUUUGAAUUAAUUUUGAAACCUGUCAUCCAUGACGACCUAUUUUCCGUACACCGGGGGCAGUGCACAGGUGUUAGGCUUCGGCUCAACUGCUACCACAUUUCACCGGCAUCCAAGACUGACGUUGGAGACUGGUUGUUCGGUAGAAAAGUUCGUCUGACAUUGUUGUUGCAUUGCAACCGAUCGCAUCCGAUCUUCGUUGUUUACCCUAACAACGGCCUUGAGCUUUUUAUGACUAGUAGUCAAAUGUUAUUACUCAAACAGAUUUAUUGUUUCUUAAUAAGCAAAUUAACUUUGUAAAAGUUUUCUUUUUUUUCCCUCCUAAAAAUAACAAUUACAAAGUCUUGCUGUUAGCUGUUACGGAACAAAGUUUGUGUCCACUUGUUUAGAGACAGAACAAAUAGUGCCGACAUUUGUGAUUAUCUGCAAACCUACUAUUUUCUUUGGGUUUCUUUAGAUUUUACCCUCAUACUUUAAUUUCAGUUAAUUAUCUACAGGAGGUUCCUGACCCACGUGUGUCACAUUUUCAGCGUCAGCACGCUCUAACCGAUAUGACGACCUCGUUAUUGCUCCUGUGUCUUGUUGCUCUUCAAGUCGCUGCUCAUGCCCUAGAGACAGGAGAGGUGGUGACACCUGUCGGGAAGUUGAGAGGACUGAAGGUGGCCGCUGCUAAUGGCGAGCCCUAUUGGUCAUUUCGUGGCAUACCAUACGCUGUUCCUCCCUUGGGUGAUCUACGCUUUGCUAAACCAGUGCCUUACCCCAAUCAAGGUAAGGCCAUCAAUGAAUAUUGAGUUAUUCGAUAUCUGUUAUGUCCUAUAUAUUACUGUGAUAUAAAUAGUUGUGAAAGAGCAAAUAUUUGUGUUAUGUACAGUUUCGGAUCAGAAAAUGUAAUCUGUGUAAAGAUUUAGCUUUUAGAAGAAACAAUACGUAACAAAGGACUGCGAGAACCGUAUGCAAAGAAAACGAUACCAAAGCAAGGGAUGCUAACGAUAUUUAAUUUAAUUUUACAAAUACAUGUCUCUCAAAUACAAAUUCCACUACAGACGCCAGAAGCUUUUGUCAACUUACAGCAAAGGGAAAAGGUACACUCCCCAAAAAUACAAAAAUUAAUUUACACACAAACAAUUAUAUAAGGUCUCGUGUAACUAAAAUCUCUCCCUCUCUCUCUCUCUCUUUUCUCUCUCUUUGUAUCUCUGUCUAUUUAUUUCGCUCUAUAUGUCAAGGAAGACGGCAAACUAUUUAUAGGAACCAAAUCAGAACGUUCUAGUUCAUAAUUUCGAGCAAUAGCGUCACAAAAUGGAAUUCUUUGGAAUAAAUAGAACCAUUCGAAUGUAAAUCGAAUGUAAACAACCUUUUCCAAACCAAGGGAGGGGUGGGUAUGGUAUGAAACGUCACAUGACGUCAAUAUCAAAGCAAUACUAAUGCAGACUAGUGGUGGUUGCUAAAAAUAGCUCUAUGUUGAACUGAAAAAAUUUGGCCUCGACAUAGGCUAUAUGUAAUAUUUCAAACAAUUUUGCAUUUUCAGAAUAUGCAGUUAUAUCCCCUAUGAAAUGUGCUUUGAAAAACAGUGUGAGCAAGAGAGACAAUCUACGUUAUUUUUUUUAGACUUUGACAUUGCGUCCCUUAAAAAAUUUCAUAACAAUUUUUUUUUUUAAGCACAGAGAAAUUUUUGAAAUGCCUGAAUUCUUAGCUUUUCAGUUUAUAAAACAGUUGUCAAUUUUCAGGGGUAGUGAUAAUAGUCUUAAAAUACAUUUGAAGUUCGUUCACAAUUAUAUUUCAUAGAAAAAAGUCAGCACCCCCUAAUAGCUUAUACCUAUUUUAAAACAAUUUAGUGCUGCAGAUAAGUUAAACGACUAAUUUGGCUUCUUCUUCUUCUAUAAUAUCUUAAGGGCCCACGAUCAAUUUAUUGAUCAUUUUGGCUCCUAUGCAUGUAGAUGGGAUUUGCAAUGUUUCUGUUACUGGUGUUGAUGAGGAAAUCAUGCACUAGGGGUUUGAAGGCUGGAGGCUUGAGGCAAUAGACACAAAUGUGUCUAGUGUUGUCGAAUCAACCGUUCCUUUUGAAAGAUUGUUCCAGUCCCUGAUUGUCUUGGGCAGGAAUGAGCAGCUCCUAUAAUGGCUUCUUGCUGAUCGGUACACACAGCCUAACAUACAUAACAUGCAUGCUUAUACUGUCAUAAAAAUUUGGAGAACUUUGUCAAACUCCGAUUUUGUUAAAUUCUUUAAUUCAUCAGAUUCGUUUACACGUUUUUCAUUUGCCCGAAUAACACCGAAAUCAACACAAGUCCUUUUCCAUUACUUAUUAAACUUUAAAAUAUAAAUAUCUUUAAAAAGCUGUGCAGUUAAUUAAACACAUUGUAGCUUAGCUUGCUAUAAUGGAUAAAAUACACACAACUAUCCGCUACAAAGUUAUUUCGACGACUGCAAACAAAUAAUCUGUACCCCAAAGAUAGUUUAGAAAAUAGUCAUAAUUACCAUAAAAUUACGUCAUCAAGUAAAUGGCGGGAAAAGCGUUCAUUAACUCUUCAUACAAACCUCGCACAAUAAAACGCACUGUCCAGCGAGCAACAAUUUUUAGCAAACUCCCAUGCUCGACAACUUUCAUAAUUUAAUUUACGUUGGGGACCGUAUAAAUAAAGUUUUUUACCUAGAAAUAACUAAAUUUUCUUAAAGAAUUUAUUAAUCUUUUGCCUUUUUAUUCCAUUCGUGUGUUAUCUACAGAAGUCAUUGAUGGAACACAGCAGGGAGCUGCUUGCACCCAAGACCCACAGUUUCUAUUACCGAAUGAAAUCAUGUCUGAGGACUGCUUAUUUCUGAACAUAUUUGCCAAAGAGAUCAAUCAGAAAUCGCCAGUCCAAAAGAAAGUAGUCAUUUUCAUUCACGGCGGUGGUUUUUUCUUCGGUUCAACUUUAAUGUACAACCCUGGAAGUUUUGUCACAGAACAGGACGUCGUGUUUGUAACCAUCCAGUAUCGCCUAGGCCUGAUGGGAUUCCUGACUUCCGAAGACGAGAAUGCUCCUGGCAACUACGGCCUGUGGGACCAAGCACUCGCUCUCAAGUGGGUCAAAAACAAUGUUGCCGCAUUUGGUGGUGACCCAAGUGACAUAACCAUAGCAGGAGAGUCAGCAGGGGGGUCGUCUGUAUCUUUUCUUACCCUGAGUCCUGUCACAAAAGAUCUGUUCACCAAAGCUUAUUCUAGCAGUGGAGUAGCCACAUCAUUGUUCGCGGUAAAUAACUUAAACAAAGAGGCUGCGCGCGCUAUAGCAAUAUUUGUAAACUGUUUGGAUAAAGAUGAGACCAGGAUGGGAAAAGAAGUUAUCCAAUGCCUUCGUUCACGCCCUCUUUCAGCCUUCGAUAAUUUCAGACUACAUGGUCAUUCCAGAACAGUGUUUCAUCCAUGUGGAGAUGGUGAGUUUCUACCCAAAUCUCCAUUUGAACUCAUCAAAGAUGAACAAUACUUGGAACAAAUUGGCUUUUACCAGAAGAAAUACCUCUUUGGUCUCACUAAUCAAGAAACCACAAUACAUGGGGCAUUUUUGUUUAUCCCUAAAGCAAUAAUUUAUAAUGAUACAAGACUGUCGGAGGAUGAGAAGUUUAACAGGUGGCUGCAGUAUCUGUCAUCCCUUGCAGCAGAAGUGAUUGCUGAUAGACUGCAACUUGAUAAAACACCGUCUACACUGGUUAAGAAACUUCGAGAUUGGUACCAAGCCAGAAAUCCUACGCCUUAUGAUGUUCUACAGCUUGUUACUGACGCCAAUUUCAUUAUUCCUACCUUUGACUUGAUUAACACUGUAGCGCGAAGCAGAGACGCUGAGUCAUGGCUCCUCUAUUUCAACCACUAUCCCCAGUUUAUGAAGGGGGACCUGAAAGGUCUCAUUCACGCCUUGGACCUGGCCUACUGGUUUGAUUUAGAUACAACUUACUUGCUGCACCUCAUGGCCCCAGGAGCCACUGGUGUAUUUGAGGAGGAAGAUUUUAAAUUGAGAAGGAUUUUCUCUGAUACUAUAGCGUCAUUUAUAAAAACUGGGUAAGUAUCUUCAAUGCCAAUAGUUUAUUGGUGAUUUUUUAUUGUUUUUCAUUGUACAGCAUCUACACAUAGAGCACACAUUGAGCACACCUUGAGCACACCUUGAGCAUACCUUGAGCACACCAAAUUGAGCCAGUUAGUUACUCAUCCUCCAAAAAUAUCAACAAAAAACGUUCCAUAAAGAAUAUCAAGUUUUUAAAAAAAAUUGAUUUAUGCUUAAAACGAUGGAUUCUUAAGCUAUGGUUGAUGGACCCUCUGAUUUAUUGCCUCUCCUAAAAGAAAAAACAACAACAAAUUUUAUAACAUUUUUAAAUGUAAAUAUUGCAAUUAGAUGAAUAGAUAGCUUGUUUUGUCAGAUAUCAGCACACCAAUGCUUCAAUUUAGAUGCAUGCCUGUUUACUAAUGGAUGAGAUGGACCAUUUUUUUAAUACUUGGGAAAGGAGUCUUGUAUUUUGACGGGAUACUAUUUGAUUGUUGGAAUUGAUUAAAUUCUCAGUCUUAAGUCCUUCCGUGAUAUCAAUAUGGUGCUGAUAGUUGUGUUUAGUAAAUGUAAUGCUAUUUAAUAAAUAUCUUCUAUUCCAACUCUUUUUCAAAAUCAAAAGGUAAAUAUUUCAUUGUUUAUUUUUUAUGGGUAUUAAUUCCCCGUAUUUUUUAAAAAAAAAUAAUCAAGUCACUAUGACUACCAACUGGCAAUUGAGAUAAUCAAUUACAUGAAGACAUCAAAAUAAAUUAUGGGGUUUCAGUAAUUGAAAUUUGUUCAUACAUUCAUUUGACUUAAAACAGUGACAGAACCAUAAAGAUGCUAUAAAAUAGUUCAUAUGUCUUUGUUGAUUUUGAUAUUCUCAGCAAUCCACAAGUAUCUCUUCGGAAAGAAAUUCCCGGCGGAUGGCCGAACUAUGACCUCCAUAACGGUUAUUAUUUGGACUUUAACCCCAGACCUUCCAUACAGAAAAACUUGAAAAGAGAGGUGCGACAGUUGUGGGAGAAAGAUCUGCCAUCUUGGGCAUUCCAGGAACUGACGCAUCAACAUACUGAACUUUAAAGAUGAAAUCUGUAACUUUCUCUGCUCGUCCUUUAUCCAAAUUGUACAUCUUUAUUUUAAUUAAAAUAUUUAAAUUGGUCAAAUUUGUUGUAUUUAACAUCCAUUCGUUUAUAAAUUGCUAUUGACCAGUGGGGAAAAAAGCCACAAAAUUUGACAUCGGACAAUCUAAUUCCAUUUAAAAGGUGUGACCCAUUUAUUAAUGGUGUAAACAUUCUAAAAAUAUACUUGGAGCAAAUGGAUGAUAAUUCAUUUUUUUAAAAAAAAUUCAUGCAUUCAAAACAAAUAUAAAAAUGAUACUUUAAUUAGUUUCAUGGACUUUUCUUUUUAUUUUCCUCAAAACUUCUUAGGAUUUCUUAAACGGAGUAUUUGAUCCUACAGGUUGGCAUGUAUGAUAUAGACAGAGAUCAUAUUGUCAAAAUAAGGAGUGACUAGCUUACAACAUGUGCUCAUGUUUAAGUUAAUGUAUCUUUGUGCAUUGCAGUUUAGAGUUUAUCACUGAAGCUUAUCACAUUUUAUAUGUGUGAUGAUUUGUUCAACCUUCAGAUGAAUUUAUUCAUUCAACAUCAAAGGAAUUCAUGCAUGCAAGAUGAAAAAUAUAUUUCAACUAAAUUGAAUGAGUGAGACGACGAAAAACUUGAAUCUAUUUACUAAAGAAACAAAUCGGAAUGAACCGUUUUAUCAGAAAGUGAUUCUAAAUACAUUGAAUAUUGGUUUUGUGAGUAAAGGGACCUAAACAAAGGAGGAGAAACAGCAAGGAAGUGUAGGGGUGGGGUGGAUUAGUAUAACUACUUCAUACACCCUGUUUCCAGUCAUUUGAUUGGUUAGUAUUUCAAAUCCAUCCACACUCAUGGGGCGUGCAUUAGGCAGAGACAUAUAUAAAUGAAUUAGUAUCAGACUCUAUAAAAUUAUAGUUCGCAACUAACACGCUCGUUUAUGACACACUAGUUGUCAUCAACAUUUUGAAACCCAUGUGUCC